CUUCCAGAAGGUCUUUGUUGCAAUUUUCUCCAUCAUUAAAAAAAAAAAAAAAAUUACAUCAUCAAAUAAAGACAAUAGCAGCACAGCUUAUUGAAAUGUUACAAGCAAAUUGGUUUUGUACUUUUCCUAAGAACAUUACGAAAUCCCCCUCCCCCCGCAUUAUUUUCUGUAAAAUGACUUGUUUUUUUUUUUAAAGCACCAUGAAAUCCUACAGAGAAAAAUAGGUAAAACACCUCCACACGUGGGUUUAUCAUUGUCACUGAGUCCCCUACCUGUGACUCUGGGAUGGGGAAGAGGCUGGAGGCUGAGAGGUGGGGUGGUUUGCAUAUCGCUUCUAGGCACUGCUGCACCUCCUUCCUUCAAGCUCAAAGCCCAGAGGUUUUGCAAUUAUCCUCUGCAGCACAGAUCUGUUACAACAGUGGAGUGGGAGCCCUCUCAAGGAAUUUUUUUUUUUAAUGCACAGGAAACUAUCUGAGAUUUUUUCACCUAAGAGCCAAGAACACAAAGUAGAUUCCAAAUCUUAGGCACCUGUGAAAAUGAUAAUCAUGCUCAGUAAAAUCAGAGACACCUCUCAUUCCACCAGCUGAUGUCACAUGACUUACUCACUGCCAUGGGAGGACUGAGGUUUGUGUGGAGUACGGGCAGGGUGGUGAAGUGUACCACCGAGAUAGUCCAAGGGCAGAGUGGAGGGCUUCACGCACAGCCACAAAACUAGCACGCUGUUCCCAAGUUUCCAUAUGCAGAACUAACAGCAUCCACAUAGCCACAUGAAGGCCACCUUUGUUUCAGAGAGUUGCCAUUUUUACUUUUAAGGCCAUUACUGACUAGCUCUUGCACUAUCUCACCAAAAGCUCCCCCUGUGUCUUUGCACAGAACGGCAUCAUAACGGUGAGAAGGGAGAACACCACUUGAAACAUUGAACAGAAUGCGGAACGCAGAGGUAUGCAACACAACACUGGCUUGGUUUUUCUUUCUUACUCGGGUGGUGGCCCUGCAUGUUUGUUUUCCUAUCCCUUUCCCAUGGUUCAGAAGCCACAGAACACAUGGGACGGUCACAUUCUUACCCAGUCCAGUGAGUAAAAACCUGCCUCUCCUAAGCUCUGGCCACACUGUCAGUAAUCCUCAAAACCAAGCAGUCAAACAGACAUGCAGCGCUGACCAGCCCGGAAAUGCCAUCAGCUCAGAGGCAGGCAAGGGGCACUUGUUUACGGAGAAGAUGGUCAGCCUCAAUAGUGAAAUAACAGAAAUAUUAUAAACUCAUAGAUUUAGUAAGGGCUAAAAAUCAAUCUCUCUGCUCUCUGCUUUCUUUUUCCUCUCCUUAACUGACUGACGGAAGCUCUCCAUUUUUACAAAAUCCAACAGGAGCCCAGCAGACAAAAGGGAAAUGUAAACUUUCUCCACAAAUCACUAGACCUAUUGACUAAAUCAGCCUUUCAGUAUUUGUUCCCAUAGCCAUAGGUGGUUCCUAAAAAGCAACCAGGCAGACAAGGGUAGGGGGCAAACUGCAGAUCUCAAAUCCUGACUAAAACCAUAUCUUCAGGGCAAGAUCAGGACAAGAUCUCUAACAGUCAUUUCUGCUAAGAAGAUAUAACAGUUUCACACAGCAGAUUCUCCUAUCUGCCUGAGGCCCCAAGAAGAGCAGAGGGAGCGGAAGUGGCACUUCACAGAACUCUGUUAUUUGACUACAGCCACAAAUUAUUCUUCAUCCCUUUUUUUCCAUUCCCUAAAUAAAAAGUCUGAAUAACUGGUUUUCUAGGCUAACACAUCCUUCCUUUUUCUACCUCUGUGUCUUGGCCCUUUCCCAUCUGAAAAAAGUAAAUAAACUUCUUCUUUCUAUCCUAAUCUUUGGAGAAUUUUUUCUCAAAACCCACAGGGCACCUACUGAGCUUUCCACCCUAACAUUUAGGACAACUAGGACUUUCAACAUGGAAUGGUCCCCACAGAACCCAAAGUAGCCAUUUCCUGUGUGUGUGUGUGUGUGUGUGUGUGUGUGUGUGUGUGUUCUGUCCAUAGUGCAUUAAUCCAUGAAGUAAUCCAAGGAAACUUUAAGUACAAUUUACCGCAAAUAGCAACAGCUUAAAAUUCUUUAGUUUUAACACCAUGCAAAAAAAUGCCCACGUAGCAUGAGCCCUCCCGUGACAGUGUGCUAAAGAGCUACCAGGGAGGGUAGAGAAAGCCUAUACAGUACACAAUCCUAAUUUGGACUCCCGUCUCCCAAGUACAUCUGGUCCCCAUCAAUCACCCCCCCCCCAAAAAAAAAACAAAAACCCAAAUGGCAGGAGACCAAGUUCUCACCUUAACCUAAAAUGGGUAGGAUCAUUAGUCAGUAUCCAUAAAUCCAACUUGUAACUUUCUUCAUAAAUUUAACUUAUGGACUGGGGAAUGUUAUCAGAGAAUUGAACAACUAAAAGGGGCCUUGAUUAUUAUCUGUGCUCAACUUCUAUGAUGUGCAGACGAGGUGACAGGGCUCCAGGAAGGGAACUGGUGCGCCCAUGACACCCUUACCCAACCCCAACUACGCCCACCUUACCCCAAAAUUCCUGGCAUCAUUAUUGGGUAUUGAGGUGUCAUCUCUCCAAAUUGUCCUUGGCUCUCACCAGUAAGCCUCCAUGUCUGUUACUAAAGAAAAAUUCAGUGCCCAAUUGCCAGGUGAAGCCAAAGACACUGCCCACUGAAGAUCAGAAACACGUGCUCUCUCUGGAUGCCGGAUGGAAACCUGCACUCCAGGUUUGUGGGAGGGUGGGAGUGCAGCUUGGACAAGGAGGGCUGUGCUGGGGCAUGUAUGGAGUAAGUGGCAGGUCUGCCUUAUCCACGUGUAUUCUACAUGCUAUUUGGCCCCAUCUAGAAAAGGGAAUAUUCAAGUAACUUCAGAACAACUGUUCUCCCCUCAAAUCUUAGCUUAUAGAAAGAGGAAUUCAACUUCUGAGUGUCUCUCAGCUUCUCCUCUGGAGAGUACUUUAUAGUUUUCUAAACACUUUGCUUAUUUAGUGGAUCGAUAAAGGGUCUUCUUUGAUUUUAUUCAUCAGGGCUUCAGCCCACUGUACUCAGGGAAUGGGUUAUACAAAAAGAUGUUUGUGCUCCCGGUCCAAAGCUCUUUUUGAUCCUUGUGUCUUACUAGGGUUUGCCUCACUGGGGGAGGCGCCUGUGUGCACACCAACACAGGCCCCUGCUCCAUUUGGUAGAGUACGCAGCUUAGUGCUUUGAACCGUUUUAUGCCUGCAAGAUAAGCAAGUAAAGUGCAAAAGAGUGCUUUCCAAGGGCAUUUCUAACAAUACGAAAAGGGUGCCACAUACAUACAGCCCUCCCAAAAGCAAAGCAAAACAAACAAACAAAAAACCGUGUGACGGGGACGCUGUCUAGAGCUUUGGAAACCCCUCCAUCGAUCCUGACUGCACUUCCAAAACCACACUCAAAAUGGUGCAGUGGUUGACAUACCAUGGUAGGCUUUCCUACAAUACAGCCUCUACCAGAACCAAGCUGUCCCGCACUCCUGGUAACAGAAUUGUUUACCUUUAUACCAAGAAGGUUGGGAAAGCACCAAAAUCUGCAUGUAGUGUGUGCCUAGGCAGACUUCGAGGGGUUCCCGCUGUGAGACCUAAAGUUCUUAUGAGGUUGUCUAAAACAAUAGAACAUGUCAGCAGGGCCUAUGGUGGUUCCAUGUGUGCUAAAUGUGUUCGUGACAGGAUCAAGCGUGCUUUCCUUAUUGAGGAGCAGAAAAUCGUUGUGAAAGUGUUGAAGGCACAAGCACAGAGCCAGAAAGCUAAAUAAAAAAAUGAAGGUUUUUUUGAGUAAUAAAAAUUGAGACUGAAAAAAAAAAACGGUGUGAUAGGUAUCUGCACGGGGGACCUCUUAGGUCAUGUUUACACAAAGACCUUGUUUCCUCUUAGUGGUAAAGACUCCUCCACAUCUUCUCCCCACAUCUGUGAGCUGGGUUCUAGAAGCUAGAACAACACACAUACACACAAAGCAGGCACACAUAAGGGUGCAUGACACAGAAACUGUAGCAAAGUUAAAAGCAGACUUUGGUCAGACUUUGAAUACCAGCUCUACCACCUUCAUGCUAUGUGCCACCGUGUAAGUUCCUUAACUGCCCUGAGCCUUCAUGUCCUCAUCUACAUAAUGGGUUUGCAAAGACUUCCCUCAGAGUAUCGUGAGGUUUCAGUGAGCUGACGUUCGUAAAGUGCCUAACCCAGUGCCUGGCCCAUGGAUGGCACUGGAUGCAUGAUAGGAAAGCCUCUUUGCCAGAUCUGACUAUCAGGCCUGGAAUUGGAACACACUGCUGUAAGGAAGGUACCUGGUAAAAUGAUUGAGAUCCAUGGACAGUUCAAUCAGGAAACUUCGACUUGUCAGAAUUAGAAAGUCUUGGUUAUUGACAGAUUCCUUAAAACACACUAGGUCAGACUGGAACAAGCGCGCUUAGUAAAAACAUGGGAUCCAUAGCUGCAUAUACACCAUUUCCCAAGUGGAGAAGUUAAUCCAGACCUGCCUUAGAUAGAAAGGACCUCAUCAAAGUUGAUUAUUAUUUAGUUCCUUCUCCAAACUAGUGCCAGAACUCUAACUGGAGCCUAAAGGUGUUCUGGAGGUGAGGAGGGAGGACUGCGUGUGCUCCAGGCAGGGGAGAGCUGCGAAUUUUUGAGAAUCAAGCAGGCACUGGUCUUCUACGAUGCCCAUGGCCAAGGAUGUAGUGGGUAUAACUUUAUCUGGAAGUCAGAAAGCUCCAGAUAGCUUCUGGAGCCUUCCACUAGUGCUGCGAUCUUUCUUUUGAUAAAUCCAUAUGUGGGUUAGUUAUGUGAAAUCCCAUGAAUUCUCCAAAAGGUUGUAGUAAACCUGGAAGGCCCAUAACCAGCAACUUCCUGGUGUUGCCGGGUCCAGAAUUUUAAGUGUGUGGCCCCAAAUAGCAACAGCUUAAUUACAAUUACAGCCAAUUACAAAGAUUAAGGGACACAAAAGAUGACAGCCUCGUUAUAUACUUUCCCCAUUCUGAUAAAAAUCCAUUAAAGAAAUUAUCCUCUCAAAGCCUAUGACUAGCCAUUCCCCCACUUUCUUUCGCUUGAAUGUUCUAUCCUCAGGGGAUGAUCAUAAUUAUCACAUAUUGGCUAUGGUUGGUCUAGAAUCCAUCACAGGGGCGGUCCAGUUUUAGUAAAACUAACAGGUAUGAGAUGUAACAGGUAAGAAGUGAUGCUUUCAGAACAAAGGAAUGUCCAAACAUAAAAGUAACAUAAAAUACUUUAAAUACUUCUAAGCAUUAUUUUUAAGUGGAAUUAAUGGCACUUAUGAUGCAAGCAAUAAAAACAUUUCAAGCUUACUAUACAAGGGUUGGGUGAGAGAUUAAUCUUCCUUGCGUUUGGAAAUAGCAAGAUUGGAUCUCAUAACUACGUCUACCCUAAAACACCCAAAGGGACAAAAAGCCCUGAGAUGGAAAGAUGCCAUGGUCCUCCUUGGUAUGUCUCAGAAAAGCAGGAUGUCUAUUUUUAUAAAAAUUUGGGAUCAGCUAGAUAGAACAGCAAGCCACUGGCAUCAUGCAAGGCAAUAGUUUUGGUAUUUUCCCCCCUCCUAUCAAAAUGAGUUAUAACCAAAGUCCCACUAGAAAAGUGAACAUGGAUGUUUCAUAACCAGUUUAUUUCCACCAUUGCACCCACUGAGGAAAAUGCGUGAUUGGCCUUUAACCAUGCAGCGGCUGAUGCUGAGUUUUCACCGGUGAGUGCACGAU